UUUUCUUUUGAUUUCAGAUAAUUGAGACUGGACACACUUAAAAUAUAACGACAUUACUCAAUAAACUCAUCUGUAACCAAUGCACUCACUCAACCUCCCAGCGCUUUGAGCACUUUAUUGAGUCAGAGAAUAUGCAACGAAUAAAACAGCGAAAUCACUCAAUCAAUCGAGUCGAGAGCAAAAAGCUGCCAUGCCAAGCCUUCCAAUGGAAAGCUCCCAUAAAAAGCUACAGCCGGUAGAAACUAAAAACAACACCAGCAACUACAACAAAAAAUAAACAAACAAACACGCGAGCAAUGCCGAGCCUCCCACCCGAAACAGACGCGCCAGCAAGCAUACAAGCAAGCCAGCCAAGUAACGGCGGCGUGAGAGAGUACACACCUGCAUGCGCCGCAUCAGCUGCGCCGUAAACUAUGCUAUAAUAAGCGACUAUUGCACACGCCAACAGCCAACGAUUGUGCUGAGCGCACCACGGUGCGACACUACAAUAUGAGUACGCGAACAGUGUGGAACGUCUAAACGGGAAAGCCGCGCACAGCAGCGUGCUGGUGAAAAAAUAUGUUGCAAGUGUAAUAAAUAGUGCAAACCAAACACAAAAACCAAAAAAAGAAAUAGAAUAUUUCAAGAAAUAAGUGAAAGAUUUACCUGAAGCUACGAAAAUGCUUCGAGAGUGAAUUCCACGCAAAGAGAAUGCAGCAAACAAUUUUGCAAAGUGCUGCAACUAUAAAUAACGCAAAGAAAUAACUCUGUGUCCGUGUGUGUGUGUGUGCUUGGCUUUGCAUAACGCCUAAAAGUGUGCUAAGGGCUGAGGCGUAAGCUAGAAAAUUUUGUAACCAAAAAAGCUAAAUGUCUAACGUGAAAUUGUGCAAAGAAAAUGUGGCCAAAGUGAAGUGAGUGCUCCGAGUGUGUGUGUGUGCACGCUUGACAGUGCAGCACAACGCCGUUAAGCGCGGCGGGUGGCCAGUGUACGCCGUGCGCUGUCUACGCGUGCAAACGCCACGCAACGAAAAAAUAAGCAUACUUUUCGGCUGCUCAACCACUCAUAUUACGGCUACCUACAGAAUAUAAUUAAACUAUAAAUUGAAAAAAAAAUGCUAAAUUUCGAAGUGGAGUAAUCAAUAAAUUUUCUGCAAACAAAUUUGUUUUAGGAAGAAGUUGAAAAAACACACACAAAAAAUUAUGAAUAUAUAAUUACUAUAAGACACACAAUUCAAUGAACAACGAUUAUAACGGUUUAUCAGCAACAACAUAGUAUACAUAUUAAAUUACAAUAAAAUAACGAAAAUUAAAGUAUUACACAAAAUCACCGAGCAGCAUAAGUAACAUACACGUAUUCCAAGUAAAAUAUAUAUGAAAUAUUCAACAAUUAUAUAAGCAACUUAGAAAAAUCUAUAGAAAACUAAAAAAUUCAUGCCACUAGCAGUUGUAUCAAUGUUGCAGCAACAAAUAUGUUUAGCAACAUUGGACGAGCAGCAGCAAAAAACUCAAGCAACAGCGACAGCUGAAGUAGGCAGCGCGCAGCGUGAACACGCAGAAACACAGCUUACAAACGCUACAAACAUCACUUGUAAGCACGCACAACGCACAGCUUGGCAACAUGUUGCCACAAAUGAACAACAUGAACCACAACAACAGCACGUUAGUAGAGCAAGCUUGCGCGAAACGCCUACUGCACACAAUGUUGGGAUAACAGAUAAAUGCAUGCUGAAUGCUGCCGCACGCGAACAAACGCAUGUGGCCAGCAACAUUACUGACAACACUAACGUAGCAACAUUGUUUGAACAGACGCAAACGAAUGUUGCAUUCGAAAAAGUAUUAAAUAAAACAAAUCAAAUAAGCAGCGAGCCAACAACAAAGCAACAGCUCCAUGUGGCAAACAGUAUUGGCAAUAAAGCGCUCAGCAACAUGUUGCUGCAACAUACAACAUUGGCGCGUGUGAAGCCCAAACGUACGCGUCACACUGGUGUUGCUGCGCUGCAAAGUGCUGAGAAGCGUGCACAAAUUGCCAUAAACAAAGUGAAUACAACAACAACAACAACAACAACAACAACAAAUCAAACCACACAAAGUGCAGCCGUGUUUGAAAUGGCAAAGCCACCAACAGGCGUCGUGCCGUCGGUCAAGCAACAACGCCAACACCAUAACACCGAAAAGACGAUAGAUUUCAAUAGUCGACGACGACGCGGACGCCUAAGGGUCCCAGCGAGCGCGUGUGAGCGCUUACCUAGCGCUGCAUUUGGUAGUGGUAUAACGGCCACUGUGUGUCGUGCGCUCAUGUGGCUGGCCGCUUAUUUGGAGAGAGUCGCACACAAUCGUGCCAAUGCCGGCUACGAUCAAAGUGAUCCCUUGCUCUACUUGUUAUCGGUGUUGUUAUCGUUGAUAGUUGUUAAUGUAAAUAGAGUUGCAAGUUUAGUGAAUGAAUACAAAUGUGAAGUGAAUAGAAAUGAAGAAAUGGCAAAUGCUAACAAAACAACCGACACCACCACCAUCACCACACCGGCAGACAACAUCAGCGCUAUGAAUAAAAAUCACAAAGUCAUUACGAAGACCAGCGAGUUGAUUAGCGAGCCUACUGAGUUGUUGCAAUUAACAGCAAAUGACGAUGUAGAUGAAGUCGAAGAAGAAACAUUCGCAGACGACAAGCUCGCACCGUUAGACGUCGCCGGCUCAGCGCAGGCUGUUAAAGCGAAAAACAAUAACAAAACAUACGCACAAAAUACAGUUACAGCGCUUGACGCGACCGCAUUGGCGCUAACUGAGCGCAACGACUCGUUGGCCACACGGAGUGCAGCGAAGCGUGUCAAGACCACUUGCUCCACAACAACCGGCACACGGCACAAGACAUUUGUGACCAUGCAAAUGCAGCUGCUCUUCUAUGCCUUCAUCUUAUGCACAUCCAUAUUACUUCCAAGCGGCAAUAAUUUGGUGUCCGCAGCCAAGCCGAAAUCUGCUACACAGCUGCAGCAACAGAAACUAUUGCUACAACAACAGCAACAACAGUUGCUAUUAGAACAACAACAGCUGCAGCAACAGCAACAGCAAAAGCACCAACAAUAUGAGCAUCAACAUGGUCAUCAGGCUCAUCAGCCAACAGCUGCUGCUCCGAAUGGUGGUUUCGGUGCACUUGGUGGCGGUUAUGCUGGUCUUGGCAUACCAGUCGCUGCUGGCGGCCCGGCCGGUGGCGAUUUGACACCGCCAACUUAUCAGGUCGUUUCAUCGCGCACAUCGAACGAGGAGUCGGAAUUCAUAUUCCCCGCAGAGCAAUCGGACGAACAAGUCUUCGAUCAGGAGGAGCAGAAUUUGAAUGUUGUGGAUAUGGAUGACGACGAUGAGGAGGAUGAAGCGCGUCUGAAGAAAGCGUACGGAAUACAUGACAACGAAACCGCCCAUAUGAAUGUGACGAAAGCGCCGCUCUUCCCCAAGGAUCUCUUCACCAAAGAGCAGCUUGAAAAUGGUGCUGUUAUAUGUCAUAUAAUCGGUGUUAUAUACAUGUUCGUAGCGCUCGCCAUUGUAUGCGAUGAAUUCUUCGUGCCUUCCCUGGAUGUGAUCAUCGAGAAAUUGGAUAUAACCGACGAUGUAGCCGGUGCUACGUUUAUGGCGGCCGGCGGUAGUGCGCCCGAAUUAUUUACCAGUGUCAUUGGCGUAUUCAUCUCGUUCGAUGAUGUUGGCAUUGGUACAAUUGUCGGUUCGGCUGUAUUCAACAUACUCUUCGUCAUCGGUAUGUGUGCGCUAUUCUCCAAAACCAUAUUGGAGUUAACAUGGUGGCCAUUAUUUCGCGAUUGCACAUUCUAUAGUCUCAGUUUAAUGGUGUUAAUCUACUUUUUUCGCGAUAACUUCAUCUAUUGGUGGGAGGCGCUCAUCCUAUUCAGCAUCUAUAUAGCGUAUGUGACCUUCAUGAAGUGGAACGUGCAGGUGGAACGAUUCGUCAAAAGGCUCGUAACGAAAAAUAAGGUGACUCGCGUCAGAAGUACAGAUCAACUUAUGCCAGCAGGCAAUGCGGCGAACUCAUCGGAGACUUCAAUGGCCACACAACCGGGCGGUUCGGUGACAUCGCGUGCCGCAUCGGAGACACGCUCAGGACCGCCAGGAUCGAGCAGCGGCGCUGGCGCAACAGGUAAUAGCAGUGGUGGAACUGCUGGUAGUACACACACCGGUGCAAAAUUCCGUCAUGGCCUAUUGCAGCUUAUGAUACACACAAUAGAUCCGCUACAUGAUGAUGAUGUUCCAGGCAAGGUGGACGAGAAGGCGACCCAACUGCAUGCGAUCGCCUCGCUCAAGGUACUGCUCGAUGCAACGAAACCGCAACGCGGCGGCGCCACCACAUCGGCAGCCAAUCAUGUCAAGAUCAAUUUGAAGGAGACGACAUUGGCCGAUCGACCCAAUGGCAACAUUGACACGACACUGGAUUCGCCAUCCAUCCAAAGUCAAAGUGGUCGUCGUCCGAGCUGGAUUGAUCAGAGGGUCAAAAUUCAGACACGCAAAUUUAGCAUCAAAGCCAAUGAAAUUGAAGACGAACCGGAACCAUUGAGCAUGGCUUGGCCCGAUACUGCCCGCAAACGUUUCACCUAUAUAAUGGUGGCACCACUGCUAAUACCCAUGUGGCUGACGUUGCCCGAUACGCGAACACCGCGCGGCAAGAAAUACUAUCCGGUCACAUUCAUGGGCUCCAUACUAUGGAUUGCCGCCUUCUCGUAUCUGAUGGUGUGGUGGGCGAACGUAGCCGGCGAUACGGCACGCAUACCACCCGAGGUUAUGGGUUUGACCUUCCUCGCUGCCGGCACAUCAAUACCCGAUUUGAUAACAUCGGUGAUUGUGGCGCGUAAGGGAUUCGGUGAUAUGGCGGUUUCCAGUUCAGUGGGUAGCAAUAUUUUCGACGUCACUGUUGGUUUACCUAUACCAUGGCUUAUUUACGGCAUCAUCUAUGAUGCACCUGUCGAGGUUAACUCUGUGGGCAUGGUCUGCUCCAUAACGAUACUCUUCAUGAUGUUACUCUUUGUCGUUAUGUCCAUCGCCUGCUUCCGUUGGAAAAUGAAUCGCGGUCUAGGUUUUACAAUGUUUUUGUUAUAUUUCGUUUUUGUUGCUGUUUCGUUAAUGUUCGAAUAUGAUACACUACAAUGUCCAGUGUAAAAUGUGACAAGUAAAUAUUAAUAAUUAAUAAUAAAAAAUAAAAAAAAUAAACAACAAAAUGAAAGAAAAUAGCAAGUUAAUAUUAAAAAACAGUAAUAUUAAUAAAUUAUAUAAAGUAAAUGCAAAAAAUAUAUGAAAAAAUAUAGUGCAAGUUAGGUGAUUGAUUGCAGUAGUUUUAAUAAAAUUAUAAAAAACACUAUAUUAAUUAAAAGAAAAAUUAAAUGAAAAAAAAAUGUUAAUAUACAGCCAGGAAAAAAUUAACUGCAGUUAAUAGUGGAAUUAUUAUAGUAAAAACGAAAUUUAAUUUUAAGUAAAAUUUAAUAAUAAUAUAAAGCGUAUAAGCAGCUGCGCCCUUGAAGAGCGUUGCAAACGGCUUUCAUAUAAUUGAAUAAAUUAAAUAAAAAAUAUAUAUAAACAUACAGACAAGUGCAUAAAAAUGUAGUUUAAGCGUUAUUUCAAAACCAAUAUUAUUAUUAAUAUAGACACAUAUAUAUAUAAAUAAAUCAAUAAAUAUAUACAUAUAUAUAGCAAAAAAUUAUAAACACUACUUUCACAAGCUAUAACUAUAAUACAUACAUACAUAUAUACAUAAUAUAAUGUGAUUGUUAAAUUUCGUCUUUUUUCAUGCGCUCCUCCUAUAAACUCUAACUCUCUUCAAAUAUCAUAUUGUAAAGAAUAUUUAUUGAAUUUUAUAGGCAAAUUUUUAUGAAUUGUUACACUGAAAAUAAGAAAAAAAAACAAAAAGCAAAAACAAAUUGUACUUAUGAUUGAAGUAUAUGAAAUGUACGUUGUUGUAGUUAACAUCAUAAUAUGUAUGUAUAUUGAAAUCUGAUUA